GCCCCGCCCCGCCGCCAUGGCGCUGCGCUUCUCCGCCAACCUCUCAUGGCUCUUCCCGGAGCUCCCGGCGCUGCCGGCGCGGCUGGAGGCGGCGGCGGCCGCCGGGUUCGGAGCGGUGGAGGCAGCUUGGCCGGCGGGCUGCCCGGCCCAGGAGCUGCGGGCCGCGGCGGAGCGGGCGCGGGUGCAGAUCGCGCUCCUCAACACCCCCCCCGGGGACCAGGAGGCGGGUGAGCUGGGGCUGGCGGCCGUGCCAGGGCGGCAGGCAGCCUUCCGGCAAGGCCUGGAGGAGGCCGUGCACUACGCCAGGGCUGUGGGCUGCCCCAGGAUUCAUGUGAUGGCUGGGCGGGUUCCCUUGGGCACAGACCGGGCUGCAGUGGCAGGUGAGAUGGAAACCACCUUCAUUGAGAAUCUCAGAUACACUGCUGACCUCCUGUCCCAAGGUGAUGUUACUGUGUUACAGGAAGACAUGAUUGGACUGUUGGAGCCUAUUAACAACCGUAUCACUGACCCUCGCUACUAUCUGAACACCCCACAGCAAGCUGCUGCCAUCCUGGAGAAAGUGGGACGGCCCAACCUGAAGCUGCAGCUGGACCUUUUUCACUGCCAGAUCAUGGAUGGCAAUUUGUCACGCAACCUGGAGACAUACCUCCCACUCAUCGGUCAUAUCCAGAUUGCACAGGUACCAGGGCGGCACGAGCCCGAUAGCCCUGGGGAGCUGAACUUCCCCUACAUCUUCGAGCUCCUGGAGUCCCUUGGCUACACUGGCUAUGUGGGGUGCGAGUAUGCUCCGAAGGGAGACACCCUGGAAGGUCUGGGCUGGCUGCGAUCCUACUGGGAAAGCCGAGGGCUGCAGCACGGUGGGACCAGCAAGGCAGCCAAGUAAAACUAGAAAACCAUGAGAAUAAAAGACAAAGCAAUGGCUUAA